AUGGCGCAACUCGGGGCCAUGGCCCUCGAUGGCGGCGACCCUCGUCUCGCCGACAAGGAAGGCGAGUUCGCAGGCCAAGGCAUUGUCGCAUACACUCGCCCGCAGAUGCGUGCUCUCCACGACAAGAGCAUCACCUUCGAAGAAUACCACUACUAUGCUCUCCAGUCGCGCGCUGAAGAGGACUCGAACCACCGCAUGGUGAAGAACGGUGCGGGAACUCGAGGAUUCCUAUCGACAAUCAUCCCAGGGAAGGGACCGUCGUCGUUAGCUUCAGAUGAAAAGCGCAAUCAAUCUAUGAUUCCGGCGGAUAUCAGUCUUUCCGUCCCUGACCGUCGCGCAUCUGUGACCGAAGAGGAAUGGACCAAUGCUUCCAGAGCGGUACGCACUGCUACUGCGGGCGCCAUCUUCUUCCUCAUCACGACUGAUAUAUUGGGGCCGUUUGGUCUUCCUUACGCCUUUGCGACAACUGGCUGGGGACCUGGCGUUGCUCUCUAUACUGUUUUCGGCUUCAUGGCUGGUGUCUCUGGCUGGCUGCUCUGGUCUUGCUUCAUGGGCCUCGAUUCCUACCAAUACCCAGUCAAAACGUACGGCGAUCUCGCCUUCCGUCUCUACGGCCAAUGGGCGCGAUACAUGAUCAAUAUUCUCCAAUCAAUCCAACUCAUCUGCAGUGUCGCCGUCAUCAUCAUUUCCAACGGCGAAGCUCUCUCGGAAGCCUCGAAAUUUAAGCUCUGUUACGCUAUCUGCUGUCUCGUCUGGGCCUUGGCCGGUUUCUUCCUAGGUCAGGUCCGAACACUGCAGAAGUUCGGAUGGCUAGCCAACUUCGCUAUUUGGAUUAAUCUCUUGAUCAUGUUCAUCACGAUGGGUGUCGCCGCACACUCUCCGCCUUUAUACUCGGCUGCUGGUUCGUCAGCUGGUUUCAGCGUGAACCCAGACCUGGUGACUGCCAAUGCCGCCGGCGUCUACCCAGCUGUUACUCAUUCUGCGGGACUCCCGGACCCAGCCAACUUUGGCGCUUCCAUCAACGGCCUGAUGCAAGCCGUAUACGCCUAUGGCGGAGCUAUGCUGUUCACUGAAUUCAUGUCUGAGAUGAAACGCCCUUAUGACUUCUUGAAGGGCAUGUGGGGCGCGCAGUUCUUCAUCUACAUCUUCUACAUGCUCUACGGCCUAUUCAUGUACGGAUAUCAAGGCCAAUAUCUCCAGAAUCCGUCCUACUUGGGCAUCUCGCCUUACAACUGGCAGACCGCGGGUAAUGUUCUGGCCAUGGUUAGCGCCCUGAUUGCGGCUGCUCUGUACGGCAACAUUGGUGUCAAAGUUCUCUACAACAACAUAGCCGUCGAAUUCUUCCGCGCACCACCCCUCACCAACAAGAAAGGCAAACUCCUCUGGGUGGCCGUCAUCCCCAUCUACUGGUCCAUCGCCUUCAUAAUCGGUGCCGCCAUCCCCGACUUCUCCGGCUUCACCGCCAUCAUCUCCGCCGUCUGCACCAUCCAAUUCACCUAUAGCUUUCCCCCCCUUCCUGCAUCUCGCCUUCAACAUCAAGAAAAACGCCCUGCACGGCGGCGAGGGCUUCGACCCCGUCACCGGACAGGUGAGCUUGCAAGACACGGGCUUGAAGAGGCUGAUGAGAGGGUUCAUGGCUGGGAACUGGUAUUUGAAUGUUUGGAACGUCCUUUACCUUUGCGGCGCGCUGGCGACGGCCGGGUUGGGGAUUUGGGCCGCGGUGGAGAAUCUGAUCCUCAUCUAUGCGGAGCCGCAGCUCAAUGCUUUUGGCUGCCAUUCGCCGGUUGA